AAUUUCAGAAUAGUGCUGGAAGUUAAGUAAACAACAUGAUUGCGAAAUUGCUUCAUCUAAGUGUCUUGGUUACAAUUAUUUCCGCUAAAGUUGAUCCAAUUUGUAAAUUGGCAGCACCAACAGGAGUGGAUCCGGAAAUUUGUUGCAAAGUACCGGACAUAUUAGAUCAUCCUACGUUGGAAAAAUGUGCUAUUGCAGUUUUUAACACUAAUUCGUCGGAUGUAUCGUCCGAAGUUAUUAAUGUUGGCUCCGGAAAGUGUCUGUUCGAAUGCAUAUUCAAAGAGCAUGGUAUUUUGAAAAAUGGCACAGUACUUCCGGAUGUUGCAUUAAAAUUACUGAAAGAGGUGAUCAAAUCAGACGAAGAAUGGAUGCCUAUUGUUACAAAAGCGAUAGAUACAUGCCAAAGCAUGGCGGCGAGCAUGCCUGCAAAAACAAUGGCAGAUGGCACCUGCGAUUCCCUACCGGCAUUUUACUUUGGCUGCUUUCAUACACAAUUAUUUAAGAAUUGUCCCAAUGCUAAGUGGACUGCUAGCGAAGGUUGCAACCAGCUCAAACAGAACUCAGAAAAGUGUCCUGUGUUAACCGCUGUAGUUAGUAUGGAGUGAGACAGUAAAUUACUUUGUAAACUUGUUCAUAAAUUUAUGGAUAAACAUUACACUAAGAAUAUCAAUGAUGUCGUAUGAAUGGACAUCCCACUAUAAAACGACGCGACCAAAAUUUUAAUUUCUUAUAUUCAAAUUUUAAUUUUAUUGUAGUGCGGAUGUCGGGAACUAAGUAAAAC